AUGCCGUCUGUCGCCUGUGAUCGCUGCUCGAAACGCAAGGAAAAGUGUCUCGUUGACAAGGACAAGAAGUCGUGUCAGAGAUGUGAGCAGCAAAAGGUCGCCUGCCUCUUUGAGAGGCGUCCCAAACGCAUUGGACGCCGACCGACCGCCAAACCAUUGCCCUAUGGACUCGUCGACAUUUUGAACCUGGAUGAUGCAUAUGCGCAAGAGGAACCACAACAACCACAACAAGUUGCUCCUGUCUCGCCGCCGGCGACCAGUGUCACGACACCUUCGCCAUUCCUCGACCCCCUAUCGCCAGCAUGGCCCGUGGGCAGACAGCACACUCUGCCACCAGACACAACCCCACGAGCUCUGGUGCACGCUGUCCUUCAUGACAAGGACAUGUUCUACACCUUUCACGCCGAUUUCAUGAUCGGCUCCUCCUUCGCGCCCGCCUUCCAGCGAGCCAUCCAGUCCAUCGCCCACUCCGCCGAUGCCAUUGUGCUCAGCGCCUACCAGACCGUCUUCACGCUCUGGGACCUGGAGCAUCAGCGCAUCCGGCCCCUGGGCGAGGUAGACAUCUCGGCUGGGCGAGACUGCCUGCGUGUCCUGCAGAACGCGAACACGGUCAAGCCCGAGGAUGCGGCCGCCAUCCUCAUGGUGGGCCAGAUACUGCUCGUGUACCACAUUGCCACCAUAUGCACCUCGGCGCAGCCUAUCCUGCGCAGUGCGCUGCUGGCCGUCAAGUCAUACUACGGUGACCUGCUGGAGCAAGAAAGCCUCGAUCCCAUCACCGUCACGCCCGUCUGGAUUGACACGGUCGAGUCCUUGGUCCGGCGGGAGAUCCCCAUUGUAAACGUGGCCACGUGUGACCGCUUCAUUGUCGACCGGCAGCUGGGGCUCUGUUGGACGUUACUGCCCCUUCUGCACAAGCUGUGCGAGUGCAGUGCGCGCUCCAAGGCUUUUGGGGCCCUGUUCACGGCGGCUGCCUAUGGUCCCCUCGAGGACGAUGUCGACGAUGCAUUCUCCGAGGUCGAGGCGCAAAUACGAGCCUGGGAGCCAAAACCGCCCGUCUGGUUCUACACCUCGUUCACGCCAAUGGAGACGGCCGCCAUGCUCCUCCAGGCAAGGGUCUAUCGCCGUGCAGCCCUGCUCAUCAUCCAUCGCCUGCGUUAUCCGCUCGGGGUCCGGGAUGAGCCGGUCGCGGGCGAUGCGCACAUGAUCGUCGCCGAGAUCUCUGGCUUCAUGGCUUGGGCACCGCCCGAGAUGAAAGGCUUACCCGUCGCGUUUCCACUCCUCGUCGCCAUGUUGGAGGUGAAGGGGCUGGGUAUGAACAUUGUGCCCCAGCUGGCGUCCUUUUCGAGACAUCCUCGUCAUGGGGUCGACUUUGUUCGGUUUGUUGACCUUGUCUGGGCUGCGCGCGAGGGGGGCUUCCGAGGAUUAUGGUUUGAUCUAGCGACGAACUUUGAGAUGCCUGUACUUCCAUAG